AUGACAGCAUUCUUACCCCCCUACCUUCGCGAUCUCUUCGAGCCCGGACCGCCCAUCAAACACGUCCCUGCCGCUGAAUUGCAGGUUGAGAACUUUGAGCGGAAAUACAACGCCCCGCUGACGGGCAUCUCAGCCUAUCUUGACCAGUUUGAAACCACUGCACCACCGCCUCGGGUGGGCCAGUUUCUCGAGACUCGGGAAGCCCGCAAGCAGCGCAAGGCCAAGGAAGCCAUUGAGCGCCAGGAGCCUCAGCUCUCCGCUGCGUUGGAAGCAUGGAAGCCCAAGGAGAAUCCCAAAGCUACGAGCGACCCAUUCAAGACCUUGUUUGUGGGCCGCUUGUCUUACGCUCUUGACGAGGAAGUCCUGAAGAAGGAAUUUAGCACCUAUGGACCCGUCAAAGAUGUAUCCUUGGUUCGCGAUGCAGACGGCAAAUCCCGCGGCUAUGCUUUCAUCGAGUUUGAGCAUGAAAACGACUUGAAGGCUGCUUACAAAUACGGCGAUGGCCGCAAGAUUGAAGGACGCCGCGUCGUGGUGGAUGUUGAGCGUGGUCGUACGGUCGACGACUGGAAGCCACGUCGUCUGGGUAUGCUGAACAUCUCUCAAAAAGCCUGGCUGCAACGGGUUCCGGGCGGUGGUGGACUCGGAGGCACUCGAAACGGUGGACCAGACAAGAACGAUGUCGUCACGGGCCGCGUGGGCAGUCAGCGCGUCGAGGAGGGCAGGCGUGAGAGCCGUUAUGAGGCACCAGCAAGCAGUUCGCGUGAUCGCUACGGCGGUUCCUCGUCGGGUGGUUAUGGUGGCGAUCGUCGCUCAAGCGAUCGUUAUGGUGGUGGCCGUGGUGGUGGUGACCGCUAUGGCGGCGGUGGUGACCGCUACGGCGGCGGUGGUGACCGCUAUGGCGGCGGUGGUGAUCGCUACGGCGGCGGUGGUGAUCGCUACGGCGGCGGUGGUGAUCGCUACGGUGGUGGUGGUCGCGGCGGUGACCGUUAUGGUGAUCGGGGAGAUCGCGAUCGAUACGGAGACCGCGAUCGUGAUCGCCAUGGCGGACGUUCGUCUCGCGAUCGUGGCUACGGUGGCGGCCGCGAUGGCCGCCGCGAUGACCGUGGCGGCUCCAACGCUAAUCUUGUACCAAUUGGUCAGCGCUCCUAUUAA